UGACACGUAAUAACAACGUGUAAAUAAGUAAUAACUCAACGAAUUGUUCUCGCUGCGUUUAAUGUCAGAUUAUUAAAGUUCAUUUGUCACGCGCAUUAACAUUAAGUCGAUAUAUGUAGAGUUUUUGUUUUAUUUAAGUUAGUUAUCGCGAUAUCUGUUUCCCACGGUCCCUGAAGGCAGCGUGUCGCGUCCUGGGAGCGCGCGCGCGCGCCGCCAGGCCGCGGGGCCGCGCAGCAGCUUGAGUGAGCGGAGUAAAGAUGGCGGAGCUGCAAAUGCUGCUGGAGGAGGAGAUUCCCGCCGGACGGAGCGCGUUAGUGGACAGUUUCAGUAACCUGGACCAAGUGGCCGAGUACUGCGAGAACAACUAUGUCCAGUCCACAGACAAACAGCGCGCCCUGGAAGAGACAAAGAGUUUUACGACCCAGUCUCUGGCGAGCGUGUCUUACCUCAUCAACACGCUUGCGAACAACGUCCUGCAGCUGCUCGACAUCCAGGCGUCGCAGCUGCGUCGCAUGGAGAGCUCGCUCAACCACAUCACACAGACCGUCGACGUUCACAACGAGAAAGUGGCGAGACGAGAGAUCGGAAUCUUAACCACCAACAAGAACACGUGUCGCUCACAUAAAAUAGUGGCUCCGGCCGACCAGGAGAGGGCGCUGCGCUACAUCAGGAAACCCAUCGACUACAGCGCGCUGGACCACGUCGGACACGGAGUCAAGUGGUUAUUGAGGUUCAAGGUUAAUGAUCAGACCGUGGGUUUGUCCACCAGGUCCAACUCCCAGACCCAGAGACCACUGAGUCCUACGAGGACAGGCAGGGG